AUGACAAUGAGAGAGAAGAAGCGGCAGGCCCCCUCAGCAGAUCCUUCCGACGCAGCAGCGAGGAUACGCAACAACCAGCGGCGGUCUAGAGCCCGCCACCGCGAGUUCGUCAACGAACUGAAAGCCAAAAUCCGCGAGUAUGAGCAGCAGGGAGUCCAGGCUACUCUAGAGAUGCGCCAAGCAGCCCGCAAGGUUGCGCUCGAGAAUGCUCGGCUCCGGUCCCUCCUCGCCUCCUGCGGGGUCUCGGCCGCGCAAGUCGACCACUACCUGGCCUCCUUCGAUGAUCGGGAGUCGGGGAACUUGCCGAUGCCGACCCUGACGCCGCAAACGUCCAACGCAGGCCCGCUGCCUCUCGCGACGGACUCGCGUUGGUUGCACCUGGACCGCGACUGGCACACCGGCGCAUCGGCGUCCGCGCUGGACACGCUUGCUGUUGCUGCGGAUGCAAGCAUGCGGCAAACAUGCUGCGGGCCUACUACAAACCGGUGUUCUCCCGCCAAUGGGGAAGAUGUGCAGGGAAACGAGGGAGGGCCGUCUCCAUGGAACGUACCGGCGACGGCGUCGGCGUCACCCAGUCCAAGUACACCCCUGGAGAUGUCGUGCACCGCUGCUGCCCAAAUCAUGGCCAGCAUGUACAGAGAUGGAAACAAGGAGCUCGCGAAACAGGCCCUGGGAUGCUCUGAUUCCGAGGAGUGUCUUGUCAAGAACACCCUUGUGUUCCAACUUCUGGACAGUGCAGAAACGGGUUGA